AUGUCAUACCCCAAGAGCUUCGACCUCUCUCCCGCUGCCGCCGGAAACCCACAAGAGCCCAACACCGAGGGCAAAGGCCUUGCCAUCCGGAAGCCAUUCGCAAGCCUGACCAACGCUGUUGAGAACCCUGCUUUGCUCUCUCUCUCGCAGCCAGGGAGGGAGGAUGUCCAAAACAAAGGCGGACCGGCUACCGAUGCUGGCCACAGCCAGACUACACACACCACAGAUACCGAUGGUGUCGUUGGCAGCGGAGGCGUCAACGAUGCCAACGGAGGUGCCCGUGAUGACCCCUCGGGGUUAAACGCCCGAGCACUCCGGCCUGGUCUGGCCUCAACGGAUCACACUACCGGUGCUGCGGAUGGUAGGAGUGUCUCCAGCAUGGGCACUUCAGACGACAAGACUGGCGAGCCUGCUUAUGGCACAGCCAACGCGCCUUUCGUCGACCAUGAGGUCUCCCAUAUGGCCCCCUGGGUUCAGGAAAAACUGAGGAGCCUGGGUAAAGAGUAA